GGAGCGAGAGUAAAGGAGUCAACUUCUGCGACGGGAGGAAGCAAACAGAUAUUUUGCUGGAGCGACAAAUCCGUCAACUGUGAUAGGCAGUGAGCAAAAUGUACCCUCACAAGGCAGAAGUCGGCAAACUAGGGUAACCUUGAAGAACAGCACGGCGAAUAUGCAAACGGCUUUCAUCUACAUGAGCGUAUCAAGAUCAAUCAGAAGACUCACAAAAGAACAAAUGCUGGAUUGACUGCAUCGGAAUGGCAUCGGCGAUUUUCGAGGGGACAUCUCUGGUCAACAUGUUUGUCAAGGAUUGCUGGGUGAACGGGAUCCGGAGAUUGAUCAUAAGUCAAAGAGGAGAGGAAGAAGAAUUCUACGAAAUCAGAACCGAGUGGUCGGAUAGAAACGUUUUGUACUUGCACAGGAGUUAUUCAGAUUUGGGGAGACUAUUCAAAAGACUGGUUGAAUCUUUUCCCGAGGACAGAAGAGAGCUAUCCAAGUCCCAGCUUAUACAAGGUCUUGUUAAGAUAAAAGAGGCUCGUGACGUUGAAGUGAAACUAAAUGAGGUGGAGAGGCUACUGAAGAAUGCCAUCACCAUGCCAUGGAAGUAUUCUAGAUCAGAGGUAGUGUUGACAUUCUUUGAGCGAUCGCCUCUGGACCAAGUGCUAAAGAAUGACAAUGUCCAUAAGAUCCAGCCAUGCUUCCAGAGUCCAUACAAGAUAUCAGAAAUCAUGCGUUCCAACGGCUUCUGUUUGGCCAAUACUGAGACCAUCGUGUUUGAUGCAAGUCUGCCACAGGACAAAGAAAGACCAUCUUCCACAGACUCUGCUGCUAACUCUGCAGAACUCCUGUACGAUGAUGGCAGGGAAUUCCUGGCGGUGGAACCAGACAUCAGUGACGACGACUCGGAUGCCUACGUCACAAACCUGUCAUACUACCACUUGGUCCCCUUUGAGACGGACAUCCUGGAAUGAGAAGCCAAAACGUCUGACGGGUAGCACCACUCAGAAAGGAACCCAUGUCAUGUGACCUAGCUGUGGAAAUCUUUGUCCAGCAGGUUGACAUAACUGCUUCAGUAGCUGCGCAACUGCACUGACUAACAUUGGGGCUGAGGCUUCUCCAUCGCAGCUUUGUCUCUGUCAAAGGAAAGAGCAGGUCCUGGGGUUUUGCAGCCAUAUGGAUGGAAAGACAGAAUGUAUCUUUUUUUCUGGCUUGCAGUGUCUGAAAUGACCAGUGUGCCUCAUCUGCUAUAAAUGAAGCAGUUGCCUCAAGAUGGAGUUGUAAGAAAAGAAGAUUGCCUGCUCCUUAAACUGCUUCCUAUAUCCCUCGCUCCAGUGAUGUAUCAAGGUCUUCUCUGGGAUUCUUCUCAAUGGACCUUGGUGUGCAAGGGGUAACUGCCUUAAAUGCAGUUUUAUCAUUAGAACCAGUAUUACCAGAGAUUGGGUUUUUUCUGUGGCGCUUGAUUGGAUUAAAUAGGAAAAGUUUUUUUCUUUCUGUGCAACUUUUCCAUACCAGGGGCCUCAUUUAUCAAAAUUGCCUGGAAACUAUUCAUAAACACUAGUUACAAAAAUAAUUUAGAAUGUUUAUACACAUAAAAAAGUGUGAUUUAAGAUCUCCAUUUGAAAACCGUUAGAUGGUCACCAUUGAUCAAUACAUAAUCUCAGCAAUUGUUCUUGUGUACAACCUUGACAAUCUGCGUUAUGAGACACCCCUAAUUAACCAUAUGUGGUCCAAAUCGUCCCUUUAAAGCUUGUGGGAAAAUACAACACAUUACGUACAACACUGUGAAAACAUAAAUCUGAGAUUGAAAUCUUUUGUGGCUCCUUUCACCAGUAAAAAAUUUAAAAAAACUUUGCUACCAAGAGAGGACAAUUAAGACAAUUAAAUCAUGUAGGCUAGGUGUAUAUGCCAUAAAUGUUGUUCUGCAGGAUGUAUGAGUUGAGCAUUCUGCCGGGUACCAUAUUCAGCAGGGUCUUUUAGGCAUCACAUAUCUCCUACAAAAAAGGCGAUGGAAUGCUGUUCUGUUCACAUAGUUUAACUCAUUUUGGGAUGUUGCUUUGAUGGCGAUCUAGGAGCUGUCUAUUCGUUUGAACCCACUGAUAACAAAUAAACCUCCCUUGACUUGUUAUGCGAUGAUGUAUGGAAAGGGGAUGUAACUGUGCGUGUUCUGACAAUUACACCAAAGAAAGAGUGUUUAUUGGCUAGCUCCUGGGUGAGAAACCUGGGUGAUAAUAUCCUAUUAAAUAGAGCUUAUUGCCAAAAACCCAAGGUUUGAUAACAAAAAUUAUCUCAGUCUGUUAUAAUACUUCAACUAUAGUUUUACAUGUGCCUUUAUGUGGAUUAUUAUAAUAACAGAUCCACCUGUUGACUUCUAAUUGUAUGAUAUUACAAUGUACAGUGGAAGCACAAUUCAAUCAAAAUAUUGUUGAAUAUCCUCAAAAUUACAUCCAUGGAAAGAUCUGUCAUGACCACUCCCCCCUAACAAUGUAAUUCACACAUUUGUAUAUAUAUUUCUAACCAAUUUGUAUAUGUUUGACCAUUUCCCUUAAACCACCACUUGUCACAGUGUACAUCUAUGAACACUCACAAACUUUUAUAAUGAUAAAACUUACACUGGAAAUUAUCCUGCACAUUGUUUAGGUGAAGAUUUGGGCAUACGCUUGAUUGAUAAAUGAGGCCCAAGAAAUGUAAUUGGGAUAUACUGUAGGUUGGAAGUGUUUUUUUCAUUCAAAACAUGUAAUGUAAUAAAUCAGAACACUACAUAUCUAUAACAAUUGGUUUGAGUAGCUAAGAUUAACAGCUAUUGUAAAUCUGGGGAUUGUUAUAUGCGUAGUGCAUGCCACUAGUGUUUCGCCAUUUCAAGCAAGUCCAUGUCAGACCCUCCAUUAUGUUUUGCAGGCUACUGUAAUUGUACAUGUGAGCUCAGUACAGCUCUGUCCAACAGCUGACCACAAUCUUAGUGUGGGAAUGUCUGUAGCCAAACCCACCAUUGGAGAAAAAAAAGAUGUAUCUAAUGAAAAGAAAACCACAGUAGGUUCAGUUUAGCCAAACAUCUAAUUUUCCCUCUCUCUGUUCCCUCUCUCUGUUGCCAAUUAAUCAUCUGUUAAACAUAGGCCACUACAUGAUUCCCCAAUAUCACUAAAUAAGCUGUUAGGGAAUUCAAGGCACCAGCAACCCUGUGCUGAAAAGGGACUCUACCGUUAUACCUGAGGAUUUUACAGGAAGACAAUUUACAAUGGAUAAAGCUGUUUCUUGGAUGUCUUGUCAUUUUUUAUUCAGAAUCAGUCUGAUAAGUAGCCAAUGACUCGUGAUAGAUCCUGUGCAUGUAUUCGGUCACCAGUCAUGGCUUAAUGCUACUCAACCAUUAUGGGCCUCAGGAGUUUCUAAACAAAUAUCAAUAAUUUGGUCUCUCUGACACACAAUUGCACAACAUGGCAAUAUGCAAAUUUCAACAAUAUAAAUCAGACUGUUGAAGUAAUCAUAUGGAAGAGGAUUAUUUUUUAAACAGUGACAUUCAAAGUUGAUAAUGUUAUUUAUUUUUUUAGUCCAAAUAUUUGGCAAACUGUCUCUCAUAUUGCUAAUCUAUGCUAACCAUGCUCUUCAACCAUGUAGCCCCAUGUUGAUAUGCUCACAGACAAUGAGAGCUCUAUGCGGGAAUGUAACUGUGGUUACCAAGGGCAGAACAUAUUUCUGCAUAUGAUGCAAUGAAACUUUAUUAUAUCCAACAUAGUAUUCUUUUGUGGAACAUUUAUGCUCAAUAAUUAUUUGAUAUUAAUACUUAUAUUGAAUUUCUAAUUUACAGGCUGUGUAAUAAUUCUAUUAAAUGUGUUUUUUAAU